UUUGUCUCUAAUCGUUUUCCGUAGUCCUUCGCUUCACAGUUUUAGAGACGCUCUAAUAAUGUAAAACUCAACGACUGAAUCAUCAUUAUGGCAGAUUAACGACGCGUACACAUGCUAAAUGUACACAUUAGCCACAAAAAGCGUGGUUUUUGGUUAACUGAAAGCCAACCAGGAAAGUACAUUAGUAUUUCGUUGCCAUGACAACACACGCUAAGGUGAUUCCUGGAGGUGAACAGCCUGCAUCUAUCCCAAGAAGGCGACAGCAGCAGACGCUAGCGCCACAGGCCAGAGAAAUGGCCUCCAAACACAUGAGAGCCAACGGCACUGAGAGGAAGGUGCCUCACAGUCGCAUGGAGGAAGAAACUAGCCUUAAGAAAAUAUACACUUUUGGACGGAAAUUGGGGCAAGGCAGCUUUGGGGUCGUGUUUGAAGCCACCCAUGUGGACACCCAUAAGAAAUGGGCUAUAAAGAAGGUGAACCGAGAGAAGGCAGGGAGCCAUGGAGUCAUCCUGUUGGAAAGGGAAGUACACAUACUGAAACAUGUGAACCAUCCCCACAUCAUACAACUGAAAGAAGUCUUUGAAACACCAAAGAAUAUGUACCUAGUGACUGAGCUGUGUGAUGGGGGAGAUCUAAAGGAGUUGCUACAGAAGAAGAGCUGCUUCACAGAGGAGGAGAGCCGACACAUCAUCACUAACUUAGCCCAGGCCAUUGUGUACUUACACAAGAAAGACAUUGUGCAUCGGGAUUUAAAACUGGAGAACAUUCUCCUGAAAGGUUCUUACCAAGGAGACAAACACGGGCUCAACAUCAAGGUGACAGACUUUGGAUUGUCUGUGAAGAAAGGUGGGGUGGGGAGAGAGAACAUGAUGAAGGCUACCUGCGGCACUCCCAUCUAUAUGGCUCCUGAGGUGAUCACUGGUCAUGAGUACAGUCAACAGUGUGACGUGUGGAGCAUUGGAGUGAUCAUGUACAUGUUGAUAUGUGGAGAGGCUCCCUUCAUCUCCAGCUCAGAAGAGAAACUGUUUGAGAAGAUCAAGAGGGGAGAGCUGACGUUCUCUGGUUCAGUUUGGGACACCAUUAGCGAUGCAGCAAAAACGGUACUGGGCUGCCUCCUGAAGGUUGAUCCAGCCCAUCGCAUCACCGCCAAUGAGCUAGUGGACAACCCCUGGAUUACGGGGGACACCAGCAACCCGGCCACGCCUACCAAUGUUCUGGAGAUGAUGCGUCUGUUCCGGGAUGACCCCGAUGAGGGCGAGGAGCAGGAGGGCAGCGAGUCCUCCCUGUCUCAGUCACUAGAGGAGUUCUCCCUCCGGACCCCCAGCAACAACAGCCUCCAGGAAUACAUUGACGAGCUUUCUCCUUACCAUAGGGAGCUGGAGGAGACUUUGGAAACCUCUAUCAGGGUGGAAACAAACAGUGCGGACAUGGUGAACACCAGCACGCUCAGCCAGCCCACAGCACAAGAGAACCACCUGAACGCUGAUACAGGUGCUAAAGCCGCCAGUCGGCCAAGUGCAAAGCAGAGCAGCCUGAAGGAGAACAGCGAGAAGGGCCCUCACGCCUCCUUGGCCAGCUGCGGCCUCAAACAGACUCCUAAAGUGGGUAAGGCGGAAGCUAACCUACCCUCCACCUCCAGCAGUAAGCCCGCCAACUGCUCCCUCAGACCGCCCGUUUGCCCGAAGAAUAAGAAGAGCUAGGCCCAACAGCAGAAGCAACGUGCCCAGAUUCAACCUGGGGCCCGGUGCCAAAGUACUCGGGGGGGAGGGGGGGGGGGGGUGGCAAGCCCAUUAGGGCCCCCAGGAUAAGGCAACUAAGCACAUGAAUACCACUUGACAGAAAACGUUUUCUCUUAAAACCAGGUCAGACACAAACUACUCAGUGCUGUACGAUAGUGCACGAUGUCCGAACGAAUGGCGACGCGCCUUCGGUCGGUGGUUAGCUCGGUGGGUUGAGACAAGAGAAGAAAAACGACACAGCAAUGUAACUCUACCUGCAGCCGCCUGGUAUUGGCACCACUUUAUGAAGCUACAGUACAUUUGCAGGGGCUCUUUGCAUAUUGCAAAUAGAAUGAGUAUAGUGGUGAAAUAUUAUACAAAAAUGUGGCUACUUUGAAAGAGAGUGUCUCUUCUUAUUAUACUGUGAAUGUUUUGAUUUUGCGUUAGCUUUGUUGCUAGGUACACAGGGUGGUGGUGGUUUAGUAUUUAACAAUCUCACCAGAUUAGUAUCUAAUGGACACAUUUUGGAUGAUUUAUGUGACCAAAUCAGAUUCCAGCAAAAGAUUAAUGUUGAUAUUAUUAUUAUUGUUAUUAUAUUAAUAUUAUUAUUUUAUCUGUUUGUCAGUAGUUAUCCUGAAUGAAUGUCGCUGUAUUUUCAUGUUGGAGUAGGACAUUUUUGUAUGAUGGUGCCAAAUAUAAUGAAACAAAUAACGGAUAUACACAAAUGUACUUUGUGAGUAAUCAAUGAAUAAAGAAAUAAUGA